GGCUGCUCCUGAUGUUACUUUGAAGGCUUAAUAUCUUUACAGGUAACACAUACCUGCACACCAUAAAGUCAGAAUAAAAAAUCCUGCACGCUGUCAGUCGCUAUUAUUUACAUUUUUGUUUGACCAGAAACAGCCCGGUGCCGUUUGGUAUGUGAAUGUUUUUGAGGAAAGUCGGGUAUAAAACGUCAAAGUGAAUACAAGCGACUGACAGUGUGAGAUGUUUAUUAUUACUUCUCAUAUUACAUAAUUAAAAUGUGUCUAUUCUUGGAACACAGUAGAGAGCAUGGACAAAGUUUGAGGGAAGCUGUACUAAUGACCUCAGUGUUUCUAAAGUCCUUGCUAUAGUCCUGGUACAGACCAGAAAAACUCUUUUUGUCACUGGAACGGAACAAACAAUGUGUUUGUUUCAAGUCUAUGUGGUGGGAGUGAAGUCAGCAUAAAAAUGUCAUUUAGUAUCUGAACAAAACUGCUGAAAGACACCACAUGUAGGAGAACAUAUGAUGUUGACUACAGCUUAAACAUAAUUUUCCCACUAAUUGUGUAACUUCUGUAAAGUUAAUGUGUGCUGACCAAAUCUAAAUGUUUACUUAUUUAAUUCUGUCAGAAACGCAGUAUGUAAACUAUAACACUUGGCUUGAAUGAGAAGACGUGGCUGGAAGGAUAUAUACUGUAAAAGUGAUUGUGGGAGACUAUUGUUAACGCUGGCUCACUGAAAUGAUGAGUUGUAUUUUGAAAUUUGAAACCGGAAGUGGAGUAUGUGUCUCACACGUGACAGGUGGAUGUGUCUGACAGCGGGCGGAGGCGACAGAAUGUGGAGCUGCUACAGAGACGGGCUUUUUCCCAAAAAGAAGAAGGAGGAAAAAGAGGCAGUAACAUUUCCAGCUAUAAACAAUGGCCCAACUUCACUAUGUCAGAGGACAAACAGAAAGGGGCAUGACACCAAACUGAAAGAGGAGUCCAAUAUUACAAAUCAACUCAGAUAUUCACUACCACUGCUGCAAACAGACAACCCCCCCAAAAAUCCUUACUUAGAGGACAAAAUAACUGACACACUGCAUCAGGGCCUUUUUUUCAAGGUUAAGGCUGCCAAGGCCUUACAUAAAUAUGGGAGAACAAUUGACGACUCACAGUUACUAAGGAGCAUAGAGGCUGAGGAUGAGGACAAAGAAAAAAGAGUGACAGACACUUCUCUGUCUGUUAGGUCAAACAAAAAUCAUGUGGACAAAAGAAGUGAAAAUAAACUCCCAGGGACUCACUUGUUGUGCGGUACAAUGACCAAUGAGGUUCAAAGAAAGAAGGAGCCGCAAUGUCUUGUUGAAGAGAAGAGAUUCAUGGUCUACAUAUGUGGUGGAUACAAAGACACAGUUGCAGAGAGAAGUGUGCUUUUGGAGAACGUUUAUCCCAGACUGUAUCUCUACUGUAAGCAGAGAGGCUACGACUUCAGAAUGGUUGACCUCCGCUGGGGGGUUGGAACACCUGCUGCUGAACGGCACGACACUGUAGAGCUGCAUGUGGAGAAUCUCCAACUUUGUCAGGGAAGCCAGGGUCCAAACUUUAUUUUGUUUGUAGGACAGAAGUACGAGGUCCAGAGCCUUCCCUCUACCAUCACCAGAGAGGCCUUUGAGGCCAUAAUAAAAGUGGUGGAGAGAGACCGACAGCAAAUGCCCGGGAACAAACCAAUGGAGGACUUACCUGCCUCAGGCUCCCAGUCCAGCAUCACUACAGACAGCAGCUCAGACAGUUUCAUUCAGGGUUCAAUUUACGGGAGUUAUCUAAAUUUUGGAGAACAGGCUACAUACUCAGGACUGCUGAGCCAGAGCUCCCACAAUUCAUUUUCAGAAGGAGAUAUGGCCAGACACAGCUUUGUAGGUGCAAAGAGUCUGGGGGAUUUGGAAAAAGACCUAACAUUACUUCAGAUGUACUACAAGAUGGAUGAGAAUUGCCUUCCUCCUGUCUACCGCUUAGCUCUCAUCAGCUGUCACCAUCCUGACAGUUUGAGCAUGGACAGUGAGCGCAGGAGACAGGCCAGGAAGGACUGGAGCACGGCCUGCCACAGACUGUGUGGAAUUCUACAACGCAGCGCAGUUGAGGCACUUGGACAAGAGCAGGCAUCACUGUUACUCAGAACAAUUCUUGACUGGGAGGUAGAGACAGGUCUGCAGUCUGUAGAUGGGGCUCCACCAGAAGAGCACUGCCACUGCUAUAAGAGAGUCAUCCCAGACCUUUACUUCAACCUGAAUAAUGAACACAUCACUCAGUACAUUGACCUCCUGAAGGGACAAGCUCAGCUCGACCCAGUACUCAGCACAGCACACCAGAAAUUUAUGGACCGGCUCCAUGAGAAGCUGCGCCACACCAAUAUCUAUGAGCGUAAUGUAGGAUGGGGACGGAAAGGCCUGAACCCCAAACACAAUCGUUCACACAAGUUCUACACCGAGCGCAUCUCCUCCCACUUUCAACGGACUGUUAUCAAUUCCCUCAACAAAGUAAUGAAGGUCAACAAAACUCAAGGCCCUUAUGACACAGUGAGGAGAGAAGCUGUCAGAGUGCAGAUACAGGAGGAGAUACAACUUCAUGUUGACUACGGACUCCAUCUUGCAAAGGGCUGUACUUUGAGGCAGGCUUUCCUAGCUGAUGUGAAGAAGGCAGUGGAGCAGUCAAGAACCAGACUCAUCCUCCUGCUGGGUCCACCAGGCUGGGGAAAGAGCACCUCCAUGGCUGCAGUAGCACAGCUAGCACCCUCUUGGCUAUCUGGAGCUGUGAAGAUAUUGGUGCACUUUAUUGGCUUUACUGGGGAGAGCAGGAAUGUUCGUCUGGUCCUGCAGAGACUUUGUGUCCAGCUGGCUGAAAUCUACCGUCCCCACACACAGCUGUCAGAGGGUCUCCCUCAGCUCAUCAAUGAGUUCCACUCUCUGUUGGGCCUGGUGGGAACAGAGAGGCACCUGGUGGUCCUGCUGGAUGGGUUAGAUGAGCUAUCUGAGGAACACUGUGCAGACCUCUCCUGGAUAUUAACCCCUCUACCCCUAAACGUCCACCUCAUUGUAUCUGCAACCACUGACUCGCCCUGCACUCACACUCUGCAGUCAGCCCAUCCCAUGGUCCUGUCUCUCCCUCCAAUUAGUCCAGAUGACAUCAAAGCAGCAUUAGAGACCAAGCUGCGGACUGACCAAAGGUGUCUGCAGGAGCACCAGUGGCAGCUGCUGGUCCAGGCCUGUCUGUCUUGUCCAUGCCCUCUGUACCUGGAAGCAGCUUACUCUGAGAGCACGCUCUGGACCUCCUACUCCCCCCAGGCUAGCCUCAGCCUUCCAGCCAGCCCACAGGGCCUCUACCUCACUGUGCUGGCUCGCCUGGAGAGAGAGCUGGGGAGGCAACUGGUGAGACGGACUGCAUGUCUGAUAUCCAUCUCACGUUGGGGAGUCACUGAAGAGGAGUUACUGGACCUACUGGCCCAAGAUGUGGGAGUGCUCCAGGAAGUGACCUCAUAUCACUCCUUUUCCAGCCACCCCAGGGUACCUUAUGUCUUGUGGGCUCGACUGAAACGUGCCCUCGGCCGUCACCUAACUGAGGUCAGGACAGACGCAACGUGGGUGUACCGCUGGACGCAUUCCGAGCUGAGUCGUGUGUGCAUAAAGCACUACUUAACAGAUGAUUCUCGUAUGGCUCUGCACGCAGACUAUGCUCACUACUACAGAGACAAGUCGCAACACACAGACAUAUUUCAGCCACUGGCAUGGACUCUGGAUGAGGUGGAGGAUGGUGGAGGUGUGACUAAAAGUUACAGAUUUAAUCUGAGGAAGCUUCACGGGUUGCCCUACCACCUGGUUCACUCAGGCCAAAUCCUGCCCUUCCUGUCUGAAUGUAUUUUCAACUACGAGUUCCUGCUACAUAAGGCCUGGGGUCUGUCUGUCCUUGACAUCGAGGAGGACCUGAAGAAGGCUGUGCUGCCAGACAAGUAGGUCCAAUCAGAGGACAGACAGAAAGAUAUCCUGUGGUCGGAAACUGCGCACAAGAUUGAUGAUAUAGGGCAACUGGAUACUUUUAAUUAACACAGUUGUCCAAAGCAAGAAGGUCCUCACUUUGAAUCUUGUCUUUGGUUCUGUUUCAUGUCCCUGAUUACAGCACUUUACCUUCCAAUUUCAACUGUCCAAAUGCAUGCAGAUCCAGUGCGUCAUAGGGUGCAUCAGAAUGGUCAAAAAUUACAGUCUUUGCCUAACCACUUUUCUUUCAACUUGAUGGAAAAUGUCCAUUUUUAAAGAAUUGACAAGGUAUUAAGAGAAUUACUAUACUAUAAUUACAAAUACUUUGCACUUAAGGUACCGUGUGGACUUUAUGACCACUAGUGGUACAUGGGCAACUUAAUAUACAUUCCUGUGGACUGUGCACUAUUCCAUGGAUUGACAGUUGUUGGUGGUAACAAAUGUGGGGCAAAUUUCAUGAUAAUUCAUCCAAUAGUUGAAACAUUUCAACCUGCUGUUAGCGGUAGAGGAAUGAUCUGAAAAUCAUCCUUGGUCAAUAGAAUUUAUCCUCUGGUGGCCACGUCUGUUCUAUAUUAUAUACUGACUAACAGAAUGAAGUAGGGAACAGAGACUGAACCAACUGGGAAACAGGACAACACAAAACACAGAUAUAAACUAGGUUACUGGACACAGGACGGCAGACAGGACUGAACCCCAAAGCACAACAGACUAAAUAACAGAUACUGAACUGAUCAAAUAUAUCGAAAACUCACAGAGGGCUAAACAUAAACAUGGCCGAAAGGCAGAAUGUGACACAGUGAAAAAGUCAUUUAUCAACCACAUCAUUAGGAUUCAUCCUGUAGGCACCAUGAAUGCUUGUAGCAAAUUGAGACAAUCCGUCCUGUAGUUGUUGAGAUACUUCAGUCUGGACGAAAUUGGUGGACACAGUGCAUUGCCAUCCCCCAGCCUACCAUGCUGACUAACUUGACUAACUUUAAAAACAUUAUUAUUGAAAAAUAAUGUUGUCCAUUCUUCUUCUAGUUUUGGCAAACUAUGUAUGAAACCUUAGUGCAGAAAACGUGUUUGGAGAAUUCUGUGCAGAGAAAACACAAUAUUCCUUUGUUCAAAUUGUCUGUAAGCAUAAAGAUAUUUUUUGUUGUCGGACCAGAAAAGGCUAAAUGAAUUUACUUGUUCUGAAUGGCCACACUCGAGGGUGAGGCAAGAGACCUGCCUUCAUAGCCUCCUUUUGGCUGCAUCCCACUUCCUCCUCAAGCUUUGUCUCUUUUUGGUCUCGAUGCAUUGAAUCAUGGGGAGAAGGGUGUGAAUUUUCUGACAGUCGUGCCGCAAAGGCAUUCAUGUGGUGUGAAGAAUGAAAAAAGCUUGGGAGAGAAGUUAAAAUCUUGCCUUUCACACCUUCACGCACCUGGUGAAUUAUUGCGUGCAGUGGUGCAGUUGUUUAAUGGUCAGUUUCACAAAGUCAAAUAAAUGGUCAGAUGCUUUCCCCUGA